AUGACAGACACAAACAGCACCGCCGCCGCUCCUCCGGCCCUCCAAUUCUCAGCAACCUACCAAUCCCCCGCAAACGAACCCUUCACCUUCUCCGAAUCCCUCCCUGCCCCGCCAUCCUCCGGCCCCGGCGACAAGUCCGCCUACCUCAACGCCCUGCGCAAGUCCGUCAACGCCGCCCAGGAGCACAUCAACAAGGAACUCACCGCCCGCAUGGAAGAGGACAAGGCCAAGGAGGCCGCAAUCGCCAACAACGGCGCCGCCGCACACAAAUCUGCCGUCGACGAGGCACUCGAGGAGGAGAAUUACGGCGAGGAGGCAACCCCCUCGGACGACUGA